AUGAUCACCAUUGUUGGCCGUGUCGUUGUAGAGCAUUGCGAUGUGCAAAGGUACUCUGCCUUGAAAACGGAAUUCUCAAAUCAAGAAGAGGAAGAAGAGGACGAGGACGAGGAAGAGUACUCCGGAGUCGAGGAACCAAUAAUGGAGAAUGAGAGAUUCAAACGGAAAGUGUUGACUUCACUCGGAGGAAUUAUAGUUUGUAUUCUACUUGAGAUGAUUUAUUACACUCUUCCAGUCAAUUAUCAGACACUCCAAACCUACACUCUGAAAGUGUCAAUUCUCAUAUUUUACAUCGAAUUGUUGCCGAUUGCAUGGAGAUUUUUCACCACAUUCCGGGAGAUGUACCGUGUUUCAGAUAUUAUUCAGAUUUGGGUUUGCCUCAUUCUGAGAAAUUAUUUAUGGAGAUAUUUUCAAGAAUCGACGACGCGUUGUCUAUUUUUUGUACUUUCCGACUUCUAUUUUAUAUGGGAUGACCGAGUUCUGAUGGAUCGAAAAGUUCUCGUCCAGAAUAUUGUUUAUGUCACAGUCGAGGAAAGCCGCUCCAAAUUCGCUAUCGAAUGUUCCAUCUGUCGAUUGGAUUACUGUAGUGACGACAUCGACCGUAUCCCUCGAAUUCUUCCACAAUGUGGACAUACAGUAUGCCAUGGGUGUGCUCAAAACUUGCUCACUCACACCAAUCAUAUUGAUUGUCCGUUUUGUCGGAAGUAUGGAUUUUCUAUCGAUGUGAACACCUUCCAGACGAAUCAUGCAAUUUUGGAAAUCAUUGAAAAUGAAGAGAAAAAUAAUAAAAAUAAAUAA